AUGGGGAUGACUCGAAGAAUGCUUAAGGCUAAGAAGGAUGCUGGAGAAGAACGGAACUCUCAGGAAGAAGGAGGGAUCGAAGAAACUUCCAAGCAGAGUGAGAUCCCUGAAGGAGGGAGGUGGAAGUACUAUGAUAAGGUAUGGUGUGAUGUUGUUGCAAUGGACGCUUGUCAUCUACUCUUUGGAAGGCCAUGGCAAUAUGACUGUAGUGUUAUUCAUGAUGGCUAUUGGAAUACCUAUACCUUCUGGAAGGAUAAUCAGAAGAUCACUCUGGUGCCAAUGAAAGAGGAAGACUUAUCCAAACCUAAAGCAAAGACCAGCAUCAACAUUCUAACAAAGCACACUUGUUUAAAGGAGGCAAUGGAGGCUGACUAUCUAUUGGCGAUGGUGGAGAAGGGUGAGUCAGCUGAGCAUGACAUUCCACCUUUGGUACAUCCUAUACUUCAGAAAUUUGCUUAUGUAUUCUCCAAAGACUUGCCUAUAGGAUUACCAUUAGAAAGAGACAUACAACACCACAUUGAUCAUAUUCCUGGAGCAAGUCUAUCAAACAAACCGACAUAUUACAUGAGCCCAACUGAACAUGAAGACUUGCAGCGAUAG